AUAAAGUACAGCGACAAGCGUACCAUGGCAAGGCCUUUGUUGGCAAUCAUGUGCACAAGUGUUGUCAGCCCCAAGUCAUAUCAGACCUAAGAUCAGCUCCUCGCACAACCAUUGAAUGUAUGGCUUUUGAAGACAUCCCCAUAGCAAAGCACCGUGACCUCAUCCAUGAGUCAGCAACCAUUGGCAGCAAUUUCAACGAAAUGAUGUUGAAAUUUGCCGACAUACACCACGGCAUCAACCACUGCAACAGUAUAACAGAUGGAAGCUUGCAUCGCAUUGAUUUAUGCAUUAAAGACUUCAUGGCAGCAUAUCGUCGGUUGUUUCCAGGGGCCAGCAUCACUCCAAAAAUGCAUCUCCUCGAAAACCAUGCAACUGAACAGUUGGGUAGAUUCAGGGUCGGAUUUUGGUUGUUAAAUGAACAGGGAGGGGAGCUUAUCCAUGCACACUUCAACAGGACCAACCGCGCCGUCAGUGGUAUGACAAACAGGCUGCAGAGAUUGAUGGCUGUCAUGAAACGUCAUCAUAUUGCUACAACACCGGAGGUCAGGUCGAAACUCAUCAGCUGUAAGAAGCAAAAAAAGGAAGAGUAAAUGAUCACAUACAGUACCACACAUCUGCAGACAAAUUUAAGGGUGGGGAUUAUGAGCUAUGUUUUCUAAGAAAAGUAAACCUGAUUUUUCGUAAAA